AUGUCCUCCCCUUCUCGGUUUUCUUGGCGGAGGGCAAACAUAGACCCAGCCCAAGCGAACGAGACACCAACGACAAGCAACAACGAUGAUAGUUCCACUCCGGGCUUGAUAUCUCCGCCCAACGGGCCUGGUGAGACGCGGGACCGGUCUUUCUCUUUUGGAUCUGCUAGUUACCGGGAGCCCAUACGCUCUUUUAUACAUGGAAGCAUGCGUGACAGAUACACCCCCGUGGACAGCGCCCAACAUGCCCGAAGCGUCCGCGAAGACACGGCCGAACUAGCGUCAUACCUGCUCUCAGACCAGAACCACCGCCGACCUCCGUCUUUUCUCAACCGACCCAGAUCUAGCUCAUCAAGAUUCAGCCGCGACGCUCCACAGGUUUCCAGCCCAGCCGCCGUGGAAGAUGAGGUCGUAAGUCCUGCCAAGGAUACAGAAAUCAUUGAGGAAAUUUCAGAACCGCCGUCACCGGAGCCUGUGGAGGAAGAAGAGGACUUUGAUGGUGCAGGGCCGUCGAUAUUGGCCAAUAUGCUGAGACGGUCACCGCCGGAGGAUAACCUUAAAGAUCUUGACCGACAGCCGCCCAGCGAACUCCAUAUUGGCGCAAUGUCGCCGGGCCUUCGGGAUUAUGGGAACUUGCACAAGAAGCAAGACUUGCACGAGCACGAAAGGGAGAACAACAUGUCCGAGAGCACACCACUCUUGGGUGUGCGGCCCCGUCAAAGCAUCCGCCUGAACGGAGCUAGCCUAACUUCUGAUCUGGAGAACCAAAAGAUUGUCGAUCCUCCCAAUAGUGGCUUCAUCCACGGAUUGGCAGAUGUCGGCCAUUCCCUUGAGAGGCAUGUCUCCGCGUUUUUCAGAGUUGUCCGAGAACCCAAGUGUUGGGACAAACGGGCAAUCUGGCAGGCAGCUGUGGUUGAUCCAGUUGCAUGUCUUCCAGCAGUAAUAGUUGGCCUGUUGCUCAACAUCCUCGACGCGCUGUCUUAUGGAAUGAUCUUGUUCCCUCUUGGGAACCCAAUUUUCUCCAACCUCGGCCCUGCGGGCAUAUCGAUAUUCUACGUUAGCACCAUUGUGUCUCAGUUGACUUACUCAAUGGGCUCUAUUUUCAAGGGCGCUGUCGGCUCAGAAAUGAUCGAAGUUGUGCCAUUCUUUCAUUCCAUGGCGUCCACCAUCACAAACGCCGUUGGCCAUGAUGAACCGGAUGCCGUCAUUGCAACCACUAUUGUGGCAUACGCCAUCAGCUCCAUGAUGACAGGCAUCGUAUUCUUCCUCAUGGGCUACUUCAAGUUUGGCUACAUUGUUGGUUUUAUCCCUCGCCACAUACUCAUCGGCUGUAUUGGCGGCGUCGGUUGGUUCCUGGUUGCCACCGGCUUCGAGGUCUCGGCACGCAUCGAAGGCAGCUUGGAGUACGACCUUGCGACGCUGCACAAGCUCAUAAACCCUGAUACUAUCCCGCUCUGGGCGACACCUCUCGCCUUGGCCGUGGUUCUCGUCUAUCUCCAAAAGAAGAUCAAGUCGACUUAUUUCCUGCCUUGUUUUAUUUUGAUGAUACCCAUUGUGUUCUAUAUUUUCGUAUUCUCUCUCGACAGUCUGAACCCAGAUAGCCUCAGAGAAUCAGGCUGGAUCUUUGAGGGUGCAGCAAGCGAUGAGCCGUGGUGGUACUUUUAUACUCUGUACAAAUUUCAUCUUGUGCGAUGGGAUGUCUUGGCGGAGACGAUCCCCGCCAUGUUGGCCCUCACCUUCUUUGGUAUCCUCCACGUCCCUAUCAAUGUUCCAGCACUCGCCAUGUCGGCUGAGGAGGACAAUGUGGACCUGAAUCACGAACUCAAACUUCAUGGCUACUCCAACUUCCUGUCGGGCCUUGCGGGAAGCAUACAGAACUAUCUCGUCUAUGCCAAUACCGUGAUGUUCAUGCGCUCUGGCGCGAACAGUCGUCUGGCCGGUUUUGAACUGGCGGCACUCACCUUUGGCGUGUUACUGGUCGGGCCGAGGCUGAUUGGAAUCAUUCCAGUCAUGAUGGUCGGUUGUCUUAUCUUUGUGCUAGGCUUUGAGUUGCUGUCAGAGGCCCUCUGGCACCCCCGUAAGAAGCUCAAGACGCUGGAGUACUUGACCGUCAUCGCCAUCAUCUUGAUUAUGGGCAUCUACGAUUUCGUGAUCGGUAUUGGCUGUGGCAUAUUGAUCGCUUUCGUCACCUUGGUUUUCCAAACUUCACAGGUCUCCGCAGUUAGAGCAGGCUGGUCAGGAGAUGUUGUCGGCUCGACGGUGCGGCGCAACCCGUCUCAGCAAAACUACUUGAAAAAAGUCGGCAGCCAGAUCCACGUCAUCAAGUUGAGCGGCUACCUCUUCUUCGGUACAAUCGUGGGCGUUGAGGAGAAGAUUAGAGAGAUCAUCGCAGACGAGACCUUCCGGCAGCGGCCCAUCAGGUUCCUUGUAGUGGACCUGCACCACGUUGCCGGCUGCGACUAUUCGGCAGGCGAGGCCUUUGGCACCCUCAGUCGGCUGCUCAAAAAGAAGAACAUCGAGUUCAUCCUCAGCGGCGUGGAUGAUGACAGCGAGCUGUGCCGCAGUCUGAGGACCGUCGGAAUUGGCGAAGAGGCGGCGACGGUGCUGCCAGAUCUUAACUCGGCUCUGGAGUCAUGCGAAAACGAGCUCCUCAAGACUCUGUACGCAACACAAGAGGACGCCACAAAGAACCCGCCCACUCCGGCGUCGGCCAACCUCGACGUCCCCGGUCAGCAGCACGCCGACUCGGCGUCUCAGGGACCCUUUGACAUGUUGGCGAGCUCUCCGCGCCGCAGCCACCUUUGGGAGGCGGCGAUGCAGGCGGUCAACGCGGGCCUGACCCGUCAGAAAAAGUGGGCGGCCUUUGGGGAGCCGCUCAGACUGCUGCUGCAGAUAUUCUCAGACCUGAGCGACAAGAAUGAGGAUUUUUGGUUCCGCGCGGUGCCCUUCUUUGCUGCCAAGCGUUACGCCGCUGGAGACGUGCUGUACCGGCAGGGCGAGCCGGCCGAGGGCUUCUACCUACUCGAGAGUGGCAUCGUGCGCAUGGAGUACGACAUGCCGCAGGGCCGGCUGUGCGAGAGCAUCGUCGCCGGCACCACGUGCGGCGAGCUGCCCUUCUUCAGCGAGACGUGCCGCACCGCCACGGCGGUCGUCGAGCGUGACGCCGUCGUCUGGCUCAUCGACCGUACUGCAUGGGCCAAGCUCCAGAGGGAGGAGCCCGAUGUUGCUCAGGAGCUGCUCAGGGUGGGGCUCAAGAUUACCAGCGAGCGCAUGAACGCUAUGACUUCGCACGUGCUGACCUUGGCGUAUUAG